GUGAUCCUGCCUGUCAGAAUUCAGGAGUGUGUGUCGCUCCGAACACAUGUGACUGUCCGCCCGGUUACCCUGGGCCGGGAUGCUCUGCCAUGUGUUCUCCGCCCUGCACUCAUGGAGGUUCAUGUAUGAGGUGGAACAUCUGCUUGUGUCCCCCAGGCUGGACGGGUGACGGCUGCCACACAGCUGUGUGUGAUCUUCCAUGUGGUAAUGGUGGACGUUGUGUCGCUCCAAACACCUGUCAGUGUCCCUCAGACUACAGCGGACCUCAGUGUCUCAUUCCUCUCUGCUCUCCUCCGUGUGUUAAUGCUGGCAGGUGUGUGGACAUCAACACCUGCAGCUGUUUGGACGGUUGGGAAGGCGCUCGCUGUCAGAUAGAACCCGUCAGAUGUGUGCCGUCAUGUAAGAACGGUGGAGUGUGUGUUGGCCUGAACAGAUGUCAGUGUGUGGACGGAUUCACAGGACACCUCUGCGAGACAGCUGUCAUCACACCAUGUGUUCCGCCCUGCCAUCACGGAGCCUCCUGUGGUCCUCACAACACCUGUGUGUGCUCGAAGGGAACCAGUGGCUUACGCUGUGAGAAACUCACGUGUCCUGUGGUGACUGUGGUGGUCAGUAUGGCUCGUGCGGUGCGUAAAGGCUUCAGAGAGAGUUAUGUGGACCGCUGCGGACCCCUCGGUGUCCAACUCUGCACUAAAUACAGGAUAAACCAGGCACGUGUGUACCUGCAGGCGUACAGGGUGGGCUACAAGAUCCAGUGUGCAGACAGCACAAGACCAUGAAGAACAGGACACGACGCACAAAACACACACAGAC